AUGGAUUACCACUUGGUGCAGUUUUCAGUUGUGUAUAAAAUUGUCUCCAUAAUAUUUCAACCUUCUCUUUGUGCUAAUCAGGUUUUCAAGGAAAAGAAACAGAGUGAUAAGCCAGUGAGAGAAAGUUUUGUCUGUGGAGCCUGUGGUCAGCUUGGACACAUGAGGACCAACAAGAACUGCCCUAAAUAUGGAGAAGAUGCGGAAACUUCAGAACUAGAAAGUGUCUCAGGUAAAUCCAAUCUUCCUGAUGCUGCAACUCAGCUUCAAGUGAAAACUCCGAGCAAGAAAUUGGUGCCUAAGAUGUUUGCAAAAGUGGCAGAGGCAGAUGUAACAGAAAGUGUUGAAAAGGUAGGACUGAAUUUGCAGAAAAAGAUUCUUCCAGUGAAGUUUAAAUGUGGUCCAGCUGACAAGCCUUGUGAGAAAAACUUGUCAGGGAUUCAUGCUCCUGAUAAACAGAUUGUAGAUCCAGAGGCAGAGAAUAAAUCGACAGGAAAGAUCAAUAAAAUAAUAAUAUCUAAUAAGAUGAAGUCUGAUGAUGUUCAGCAUGAAAUUCAGAAACCCUCUGUUGUUAUACAUCCUCCUGUUGACCCAGAGAGAGAACAACCACGCAAUAAAAUUAUCAUCAAACAGCCUAAAGUUAAUACUAAUGUGGAGCAAGUUAAUUCUGCCAUCGACACUGGAAUGGAUCAUGAUUUCAGAAAAAUAAAGAAAAUUACUGAAUUAUCAAGUUUUGAGAAACAGAAAAAGCAGGAGAGCCGGCAGUUCCCUGAAGAGACAAGCAAAACAAAUCCCAUCUAUGACAGGAGAUUAUGGGAUGAGGAAGAGAAAAGGAGAAGCAAGGAGAGGAUAGCAGAAGAGAAAACUAGGAGGAUGCUGCAGGAGGAAAGAAGGAUGCAAGAAGAGCAUCAAAGAUUGUUUGAGGCUAGAAGGUAUGAAGAAUCAUUCAGGAGGGAGGAAAAGGCAAAGAAGAAGAAGAAGAAAAAGAAAAAACCUGAUUUCAGAGAUGAAUACUUAACUGGAUCAUAGGCCAUACAGAAACGACAGAAGGAUACCUGAAAGGGAUCGAGCUGCAAAGAGGCAGUCUCUGGCUGAUGCAGGACAGACAGAAUACACACCAUUAACAAAGCGCCGUAGAGGAGGAGAGGUUGAGUUGUCCAACAUAUUGGAGAGCAUACUCGAUAGCUUGAGGGAAAAUAUCGAAAUAUCAUAUCUUUUCCUUAAACCUGUGACAAAGAAAGAAGCCCCUGACUACCUUGACAUCAUAAAGCGCCCGAUGGACCUUUCCAUGAUCAGAGAGAAGGUAAGAAACAUGGUAUAAGAGCCGAGAAGACUUCAGGCAUGAUGUUUGGCAGAUCACUUAUAAUGCCCAUAAGUACAAUGAUGGUCGAAACCCUGGCAUUCCCCUGCUUGCUGACCAGCUCUUGGAACUCUGUGAUUACUACUUGGAAGAGAAGCAUCACAUGUUGAGCGAUGUUGAGGGUGGAAUUGAGUUCAGGGAUAUUUAGAAAUAAUUCAUUGUGAUCAUCUAAUCUGAAGCAACUGUGAUCCACUCUGGUCGGAAGCAAUUGGUAUGUGAUCAAAUGUGGAACAAAAUUCAGUUCUUCUCUAUUAUGUGGUCUUCGGUGCAAACAUUUGAUCUGGUCCAUGAUGGAUUGAGGGGCGUAAUUUUUUCCUGUUCCCUUGUACACAGAGGGGUUUCUGAAUUGUGUAAUUGGAAAUGUCAUUUUUGGCCGUGUUAAGGCACCAAAGUAGACAUGACGCAUGGCAUUGUACAUAUUUUUGGUACCAGUGUAGGGCCCCAGGGCACUUUGUAUUCAAUACUUUGUAUCAGAAUUGCCUACGUAUCCUUUGGUAGAACUUUAGUAACCCAAUAUCACAGGAAGGUGGAAUACCACUAUUUUGACUGGCUACUCUGGUGAAAGCAAAUGUUGUGUCCAAAUAAAUUUUGGCUUGUAGGAU